AUCAAACCCGGACCCUUCAGUCCACAGGCCGACGCUCCAACCACUGGGCCAAACGGCCGGGGCUAAAACGAUGGACUAUUUUUAGAGACGCUUUUAGGUCUGCAGACAAAUUGAGCAGAAAGUACAGGGUCCCAUGUUCCCCCCGCCGCCCCCGCGUUAUUAAUAUUCCCCGUCAGCAUUGACCGUGAACCCGUCGUGAAAACCACGAGCCGGCCUCACACAGGCGGCGCCGAAAGGAGGCUUACGGUUGUUGGUAUGGAAAACGGUGCAGAAACUAACAAAUCACGACGCAGGAAUAAGCUGUGUCUCCCGCACGCGCAGCCGAAAGCUCCCUUCGCCCACCCGCGUUGCGACCAGGCCGGCAGCCUGUGAAGCGCGGGCCACCUGCGCAGGCCGGAGCGUCAGCACCCAGGUGCGCACGGCGGGACGUGGUGCCGGAAGGUAUCCCGGGAUGAGUUCAGAUCGUUUUCUCAAAAACCACGUUCUUUGACCAAAAUCCAAUAAAGUUACAAAUUAUUAUUAAGAAGCCAGAGAGAGAGCCGGUCUCCCCGUGUUUGGAAACGGACAGUGAGCUUCGUGUUAUUUGUUGGUUGAAGAAGAUCGACCUUUCUCGUCUGCCUUGUUGGGCCGAGGCUCCUUCGGGACCCUCUUUCUCUGUUCCCGUCUACGCGGCCUGGCGGGCGGAAGGCGCUCAGUCAGUGACCGAGGCUGUUUCUUUCCUCACCUGCCGCUGAAUGGCUGUGCGCCCCGGACAUGGCCGUUGCCCUCUCUGGGCCUCAGUUUCCCCACCUCAGCCGUCCUGCCUUCCUCUCUGAGACCGACAGCUGAGAGGAAGGCUGUGGCUCCUGGGUGGGGCAGGAGAGCAUCACCCCCGCCCAGACCCAGGUCCUCAGGUGUGCAGACACCUCCUCCCGGAAGGCACCCCAUGGCGUGCGAGCUGGAGCGAAGGUGCAGGAUGCGUGAUUAACUGCCCCCGGAGAUACCCGGAGAGGGGCAGGAUGGCUGGGUCCUCACCCAGUGGGGUGGAGCGUGGGGCGGAGACCCCUCCUCCCAGGGUCUCCAGAGGGCACGCUCCGUUCCGAGUGGCCCCCCAGAUCCUGCCUCUCCCCACCCAGUGUUUCCUUUCUGGGCUGCGAGCCUGUCCCCCGCCUCCUGUAGGGAAAUUGAGGUCAGAAGAAGACAGUGACCAUGGUCCAGGGAGAGCGUGGCCCCGGGGACCAAGGGGGACAGUCCCUGGAGCUGUGCCGCCCAGUUCAGAGGCAGAUGCUGGUCUCAGAGCUUUCUGGAAACGUGGUUCCCACACCCUAACCGUUGUUAGGAAGACCCCCUUGGCCGGAAAACCCAGACUGACCCCCUGCCCUGACCAUCCUGCCGCUCGGACAAUUCAUCAACUGGAAACAGGAGACAGGAAGGGGGUUUGCUAAAAAUGAGAGGUUUUCCUGGAAUCUCGAGGGAUUGGGGACGGGAUGCCAUCCAGAAAUAACGGUAUCUGCCACGCCCCGGCCCCCCACGUGGGGCCACCUGUAUCCUGCCUGACUUGAAUGGAAAGCCGUUUCUUUGCCAGCUAGGUGACGCUUACUGGUCCACAAUGGGGCCUGGACCUGGCUUCUGGUGGCUGCAGGGAGGUUCUGGGCCAGCCUCUCGCCUGUAAGGGAACCCUGCUGGCUCCAUUCUGCGUUUCCAAGUGGCCCCGUCUGUCAGCCUUCAGAGCCCUUCCUGGGUUUCAUGAGCUGCUGACAGGGCUGCUUUAUUUGAUCACAAUCCCUUUGCUGCUAACACUCCCAGGGGCCGUCCUGCCAGAAACCCUGACUCCACCCAUGCCUCCCGCGGUGAACAGGUGAUGUGGAUGGCAUGGCAGGCCCGUGGCUGAGUCGUGGCGCUUUCUCUGUAGGUGCUGAGGUGUGUGGGGUCAGCCCGCUUUCUCCUGCCCCAUGGUCCCUGGGACCCUGAGCUCCGACUCCCAGUAGCUGAGCGCAGCUGAGUGUGGUCUGUGGUCAUGACGUUGGUACAACGUGGGGACUCGGGGCUCAGAACCCUGUCUUGACUCCGUUAGGUCACCCAUUUCCCUGUCCACUCCUUCCUUCAUCCGUCCACUCCUGCAUUCACUCGUUGCUCUUACCAGUGCUUGUAGCUCCGCACCUUGUGUGGGGGAGGCCACAGUCAUGACGUGAACUCCAACAGGUAUGAACGCAAAUGCUUUGCAGGUGGUGGGAGGGAGGGAGAGCCGAUAGGAAGGCUUCUUGUUGGAGGUGACAUUGAAAUGGGCCUUGAAGCGUGUGUAGGAGUUCACCAGGGAUGCCCUUGGCAGGUGGGCAGUGAGGUGGAGGAAACCCUGCAUCCCUAUGUCCGCUCUCCCCCCAGCUCCCCUGGCUCCUGGCUCACCUGAGAGCGGACAGUCCCCCGGCAUUGCUGCCAGUGUGUCACCUCCUCUCCCUGUCUUCCCCACACAGGAAGAGAACAGACAGAUUUUGGCUCAGAAGUCAGCCUCUCAGUCCGACGCACACGACGAGGAGGCCUCCCCGACACUGCCGAACCCCGUGGUGAAAGCCCGCUGCCGCCGUGGGGGCGUGAGCGCCGAGGUGUACACAGAGGAGGAUGCCGUGUCCUACGUGCGGAAGGUCAUCCCCAAGGACUACAAGACCAUGACGGCGCUGGCCAAAGCCAUCUCCAAGAACGUGCUGUUCGCUCACCUGGACGACAACGAGAGAAGGGCCCUUGUGGCUGAGGAACCUCCGCAGACUGGAUGGCACCAGGUCCCCGAGGCCGAGGCUCCCCAGGGUCUAUAAACACGUCUCAUCCUCUGGAGGAGCCGGCGGCCUUGCUCCCCCCGCCGUCCCGGCCCUGCCUGAGUUAUCACUGUUUAUAGAGAAUUAUUUGGAACGUUACAUCCAAGAGAGAAACGGAGCAAACGUUCACCCAAACAGUGGAAACGCCUGAACACAAACUGGGGACGCCAAGUCUGGGGCCCCGAAACGGAGCCCCGGCCCCUCGCUGCGACGGGCUGGUGCUGUCCACUGGGGUGGCCCCGCCCAGGCCGCGUCCUUUCUCUGAACAACAGCUGCAGGUCCAAGCCAGGGACCGGGCUGUGCUUCCGAGGCAAACGCAGCCGUUUCUGAAGGAGAUGGGACGUGUGAAUACACUUUCCCCUUAACUCAGACACACGUCGGCUUGCGCCUGCGCUCGCUUCCCGCGUGCGGUGGGUCUUGUCUUUUUUUUAAUCCUUACCUGCGGAGUGAGGAUAUUUUUCCAUUGA